AUGCAGACGCAGCCGCCAUCGCUGCCGCCACUACCGCCGCACAGUGAUCAGAACAAUGAAGGAACUAGAUCUAAGAGGAGGAGAGGCAAAGCAAAUGUUGCUGAUGAGUCACCUAAUCCUGGCCAGUCUGAGGAACAAGGUACACGUAACACUAGAAAACAUGUUAGACUUAGAUCUUGGACUUGGGAGCAUUUUAAAAAAGAUGAUAGUGGUCCCAAAUCUAGGGCUAUAUGUAAGUGGUGUUGUGCUCAUAUCUUGAACUUGGUGGUGAAUGAUGGUUUGAAGGAUAUGUAUUCUUCAAUUAAUAAAAUUAGAAAUGCUGUUAGAUAUGUCCGUACUUCUCCUAGUCGUAUGGAUAGGUUUAAAAGUUGCAUUAAAGAGGCUAGGAUCCAAGACUGCUCUUGUGUGCAAUUAGAUGUCCCCACUAGGUGGAAUUCCACUUACAUAAUGCUUGAUAGUGCUUUAAAAUUCCAAAAGGCCUUCAAGAGGUUAAGUGAGAGGGAUGCUGAGUUUGUAAUGAUGCAAGGGGGCAUUCCAAAGAAUGAAGAUUGGGAUAAUGCAAGAUGUUUUAUGAGUUCUUUGAAGACUUGGGCUGAUAGUAAUGACAUAUUAUUUAAGGGUAUGGCUACAAAAAUGAAGGCUAAACAUGAUAAAUAUUGGGAUAACUUGAGAAACAUGAAUAUGAUGAUUUUUGUUGCUGUCGUACUUGACCCUAGAUACAAGAUUAAGUUUGUUGAGUGGAGUUUUCAAAGGUUGUUUGAGAAGGAGGAUGUUGAUUUCUUAUGUGGUAAGGUGAAUGAAGUAUUCAAUGACUUGUUUAACAGCUAUAUGGUUGCUCUCAAUAGUGAUCAAGCACACCAAUCUGCACAACAUAGCCAAGAUGUGGAUAUGGAUGAUAGUGCCUUUGAUGAUGUUCGCUUUGCGGCAGCAUUUGAAAAUGAUGUACAAGCAAGUGAGAGUGUCAACACAAAUGAAGUGGAUUUAUAUCUCAUGGGGUCAUUGGAGAAACCAGUUGAUCCAAGUAGUUUUGAUAUUUUAACUUGGUGGAAAGUGACCUCUAACAAUUACAAAUAUCCUGUUCUAAGUCAAAUUGCGAUGGAUAUUCUAGCUAUGCCGGUAUCAACGAUUGCUUCUGAACCCGCCUCUAGCACUAGAGGUAGAAUGCUUAAUCAAUAUAGGAGCUCUCUUACUCCAAAAAUAGUUGAAGUUUUGAUUUGUGCACAAAAUUGGUUUCGAGCCAAUUCAUUGCCAAUUGACCUUGAGGAGUCUUUUGAAGAAUUUGAAAAACUUGAGAAAGAACUUGAGCCAAUUCCUCAACUAAUAGAUGAAGAAGACUCUGGUGAUGAAUCUGAUUAG